UGUGUGUGCACAGGCCCAGCCGAGUGCACAAAGUUCGGUCGAGUAUCGCCUGACGAUUAUAACGUGGCUGCGGGCGGCAUUCAUCUAACCUGGUGUUCAGUUCUUACACAUUCUGAACAAAAAUGGCCAAUGUACUACAAACUAUUGGGAGGUAUGGCAGGAUCAGCAGCUGGCCUCGAGGUCUGCAGAAGAAACUUGCUCUGAAAGGCUCCAGCUCCAUAUGUUUACGGGCAAAGCUGCAGUGGAGACCAACCAAUACUUCCCAUCGUCACCUGUCGUGCAGUUCUGUCCUCUCCAAGAGCGAGUUAAGCUACUUUCACAAUGCAGGGUCCACCCCGCUCAUUGGCAAGACCAUUGGGCGGGUCAUGGAUGAAACUACUGAGAAAUUCCCUGACAGAGAUGCAUAUGUAUUCCUCAGAGAUGGAAUACGAAGAACUUUUGAAGAAUUCAGAGAGGAGACUGAAAAGAUUGCGCUUGGACUUCUAGCUGUUGGUAUUAAGAAGGGAGACCGAGUUGGUAUGUGGGGGCCUUCAACUCUGGAAUGGGUGCUCACGCAAUUUGCCACAUCACGCAUUGGUGCCAUUAUGGUUAAUGUUAAUCCUGUCUACAGAGUGCACGAGUUGGAGUAUGCUCUGAAAAUGUCUCAAUGCAAAGCUGUUGUCUGUGACAAGACUUUCCGAACGUUAGACUACUAUGCAAUGCUUCAAGAACUCUGUCCUGAACUUGAAACGGACAAACCGGGACAACUGAAAAGUGCCAAAUUUCCAGAUUUGCAAACCGUCAUCUUCAGAGGCAAGGAUAAUUUGCCUGGGACGUUCAACUUUGAUGACCUUCAUAAUAUGGGCGGCAGCACUGAGGAGGAACUGAGGGACGACUAUGAGAAGAGGACACAGUUUGAUGAGCCCAUCAAUAUACAAUUCACCUCAGGUACUACAGGCUUCCCAAAGGGUGCAAUGCUGACACAUCACAACAUCGUCAACAAUGCUUUUUAUAUAGGACAGACCUGCGGCUUCAAUGAACAGCAUCACCGAAUCUGUGUUCCUGUGCCACUUUACCACUGUUUUGGUAUGGUUGGGGGCACUCUAGCAGGGAUGGUGCAUGGUGCAACCUGUGUGUUCCCCGCCCCUGGGUUUGAGGCUGAGGCAUCCCUAGAGGCUGUUGCUAAGGAGAGAUGCACAGCUCUGUAUGGUACACCAACCAUGUUCAUUGAUAUGCUGCAUCAUCCAAGAUGUUCUGAGUUGGAUGUCUCAAGUUUGCUUACCGGUGUCAUGGCUGGCUCACCUUGUCCUGUUGAGACAAUGAAACAAUGUAUCUCACAGCUGAACAUGAAAGAUAUUUGUAUUGCUUAUGGACUGACAGAGGUGUCUCCUGUCAUCUUCCAAACUCGACGAGAUGAUCCUAUUGACAUACGGGUUUCAACUGUUGGCAAGGCAACAGAUAAUAAUGAAGUGAAGAUCAUCGAUCCGCAAACUGGGGAAAUCGUGCCACGCAACACGUCCGGUGAGCUCUGCAGUCGAGGAUACACCACCAUGAUCGGCUACUGGAAUAACAAGGAGAAGACUGAUGAAGUUAUCGAUGCAGCGAGAUGGUUCCACACAGGGGAUAUUGCUGUAAUGAAUGACGAGGGCUACGUGUCCAUUGUAGGACGCAGCAAAGACGUCAUCAUUAGAGGAGGGGAGAACAUCUAUCCAGUGGAGAUUGAGAACUUUCUGUACAAACAUCCCAAAAUUGCUGAUGUCCAGGUAAUCGGUGUUCCAGAUGAGCGUCUUGGUGAGAUUGUGUGUGCCUGGGUGAAGCUGAAGGAAGGACAAACAGCAACGGAAGGAGAAAUCAAGGAAUUCUGCAAAGACGAGAUUGCUCACUUCAAGAUCCCGAAGAUAGUUCACUUUGUAUCCGAGUUCCCUCUGACCGUCACAGGCAAGGUGCAAAAAUUCAAGAUGCGCAAAGAUAUGAAGAUUAUCCUGGGUAUCGAGUAAUGUACGAUGGACCGAAAUGCCACGACGCCUGGGUUUGGGUUGAUGUGCAGAGAUUGAACACUGAAAGUGGAUCAAGCAAAAUUCAGGACUUUUUGAGUCGGAUUUCGGUAUCUUCCAUUACCACUCCGAGCAUGCUGGGUACGGGUGCCAGUAUGUUCAUCAGCGCAGUUGAAUGCUCAACACAUUACCAAGAGAACCAAGUGUGUACUUUUUACCAGCAGCUGAUUUUCCAAGACUUGGUGUGACCUUGUGCCGUAGGUACAUUUUAUGCAACAAAUAUGUUGCAAAGCUUUGCAUUCUACAUGUCACAAAGAAUUAUGAAGCAACGUAGCAGUAUUAACCACUGUGCUAAGGACAAUCACAGCUUGUGCCAUUACCAUGGGGCGUUUCUGUACGAUUUUUGUAACACUCACCAAACAAUAGCCAAAUUCUGAUGUUUUCAACAAGUUAAUUUUCUGUCACAGGUGGGCAUCUUUACAUACUCUCACAUAUUAGGUUGUCCUUCAAAACAAAGCAAUGAAUUCCCAUCAUCAACUGUGAUAAAAUGAUUGGUGAUAAGCUUUACAAUGGUCACAGUUAUUUCAGAUUUAUUUACUGCAUGUAUCAUACAACGCUGUUGCAGAAGUGCAACUUUUCCAAAAUGGGUCAGAUCUUGUUGCGCAAACGUGCGCAUUAAAAUAACGUGCCGGUGGCGUUACUUCCACACCACGGUACAACUGUUCCGUGAAAAUCAUCCCAGCAGCUGCGUGUACCUUCACAGAUUUAACUCACUGUUGCCACCACACACCAAAAAUUUAAACCUUAUUUAAUAAUAUUUCGUUGCCACAAAUCAAUGUGAAGUUACUGUGUUUUCACGUGGAAAAACCUGUGGCAUGUGACCAGAACAUGAUUUUUAAAUACCUGGCACAUGGUCUAUUCCCGCUUUGCUCGAUUAAGAUGAAUAUUUUAUGAACCCAUUAAUGUUGGUUUGUGAGUGUAAAGUUAAAAUGAUGUCCCAUCCUCGAACAUAUUUUAAAUAAUUGAGAUGCAAGGUAUUUUUAAUAAAGGUAUUUUUGUAUUCAACACUCAAGUCUAUUCAGAUUCUUAUGGUUACAUUAGAAUUAUGCACUGUGUCUUACUACAGAUUUUUAAGAAUGUAUUCUUUGCUUAUUUCGGAUGCAGUGAUGUACUUAGAGAAAUAAGUUAUUGCCUGUGAAGAUAAUGAAUGAGCAUUAAUUCAUUACAGAAAGCAAGCCCAUGUUGAAACCAAUUCUUUUGUCAUUUCACUGUUUUACAAGAUAUUUCAAUAUGUCAGGUGUAUGCAUAGAAUGCACCACUGCAGUAUUACAAAGCAUUAAAUUUAUGCUUUCCCCAACUAUAAAACAAAGGGGAAAAAAGAAGAAAAAAUGCAAUUUUUACCCCUUGUCAUUUCUGGUUUUCUGGUUUUUGUUUAUAUUUUCUUGAAUAUCAUUUGUAGUACAGUACAUUUUAGGUGUGCUGUAACAAUCUGGAAUACAAUGAAUGAAACUGAAUCCAAGCAAGUUCAGACUGUAAAGACAUUUAAAAUAUGCUUGUAUACUCGAUUAUACCAACUGACAAAAAUCCUUUAUAUACGAAAAUUACAUAAAAGAGGCAUUUUAAUCCACAUUUUCAGUUUUUAGAUAUAUUGUAACCCUGAUUUUCUCUGUAUUUUUGUUAUCAACCCUUUUACGUUUGACUUCUUUUGUUUUCUUUUUUCGUUGAGGGCACAAUAAGAAUUUCUUUCUGAAGUCAUGGC